AUUGGAAAACAAAAUGAAAGUGAGUGUCGAUUAUAUCUAAUGAAAUAAACCAUUUGAAGUAUGAAAUACACAGAUGAUGAUCUUCCAAGAAAGAAAGAAUAUCUUGCUGAUUCUUGUAUUUUUGAUAAGUGUCAUUGAUGGAUCUAGAAACUGUACAACGCCAUUGCCUUUAGCAUCAUGCCCUAAAAAUACCCAUAUAUGGAGGCUAAAAGCAAAGAAUCUUUGCAAACAUGAAGUUGAUUUGUAUCACUGUUUAGUUACACAAACAGACACGCUUGUAGAAUGUUGCAUGACUCCAAAGACUAUCGGAGCAGGUCAGUAUCCACAGUACAACACAAUAAAAAAUGAGAUUCAGGCAAUAGACUGUGAAAUUGAUUAUUAUAUGCCAUCAGCAUGGCCCUCAAAUAAAUUUCUCCGUAAUGGACCUAGACAUUGUCAAUAUGAGAAAAGUAAAUGUAACAUGAUGGGCAUGAAAAUUUGUUCAGACGGAAAUACAACAAGUGAUAGAACAUGUAAAUGUGAUUAUAUGAACAAGUAUGUACCAGACAUUAAAAUCACUGAACCAUGCUUUGACGAAAGAGAUAUUAGAUGCUUGCCAACAAUGGAAUGCCCGGGUUUAAAUGAAGAAAUAAACAUGAAAUACAACUGUGUUAAAGUUUGUGAACCAGGCUUCUAUAGACCAGAAGGAACAAUGGAUUGUGAAGUAGUGCCUGAAAGUACCUCACAAAGUACAUCCACUAAGAAUGACGUUACAACCAAAGAUAUAAAGGAUGAUAUGAGCAGUAAUAUGAUUUACCCAACAGAGUUAAACAUUACUACAUUAGUUGGAGUAUCAAUCAUGUUAAUAUUAUUGAUUGUAAUUGUGGCUGUAUUGGUAGUACUCAUCAAAACUGGUAAAACACAGAGUAUUAAAUGCUGUUUUACAGAUGCAAGUACAUCUGAUAUUGAUUUGAAAAAUGUCAUAAUAGGUUCUAAAAAUAGAAUUAGUGAAACUAAUUAUCCUCUAAUACAAGAAAUAAAUCCAGCUUUGCUUCAUCAUGAACCUAUGGUUGGAAGUUCAGUUGUUCUGAAAUUUAAAAUUGGGAGUCGAAAUAACAUUUCAUCUUUUGAAGUGGAGUGGUUAAAAGAUGGAAACACAGUUGAGACUAGCCGGUCUAGAAAAUAUAAAAAAACUACAACCACCUCAAAUUCAUCUUUGACCAUAAAUGAUAUCACUAAAGAUGACACUGGCCAUUAUAGCAUUAUAGUUGAUGGGACUGAAAGCUCAAUAAUAACAGUGACAGUAAAAGAACCAGUAAUAACAUUACCAAAAAUCCACAGUGCUAUUUGUGGUGACAACCUAACUCUUGGUUUUACUAUUGAACAUCGUCCUUCAAAAUAUAUAGUGUUUUGGAAAAAGAGGAAAGGACGUAAUGAUCAGGACCAGAUUUUAGAACCUAGCGAUAAAUAUGAGGAUACAGAUUCAGAAUAUCUAACUAUUUCUAACAUAUGUGAAGAUGAUGAAGGAUACUAUUCAUGUUGGAUUAUUUAUGAAGUGUGUGGAACAAGUUUUCAAGUUCCUGCUGACAUAGAUAAUAUAAUAAUGACAAAGGUCAACGUGAACAAAGGUCAAGGUGGAAUAGUUCAUCAGCAUAUAGCCAAGAAAACAGAUGUUACUAUUAACCAGGCAGAAAACGUACAUCUGGGAAAUGAUACAAAUGUUAACCUCAUGCAGACAAACAGUACGGGUAAUGGUAGUGCUAAUAAAGCCAUCAGUGGAUCCAGCAACCCAGGUGGCGUCAGUGAAAAAAGCAGUUCCUCAGGAAGUGAAUGUUCUGAAAGUGAUAGCAAUGAAUCAGAUUCUAGUGAGAAAGGAUUGAUCAGAAGCAAUUCUGAUGAAAAAAAUGCAGCUGAUACAAAUAACUCAGGUUCUACAGUAGGCAGUCAUCAGAUGGUCAAUACAAACAGUUCAGGUUUAACAGCAGGCGGCAAUCAAUUGGCUACAAACAGUGAUAAUAUGUUAGAUGUAAAUAAACCAAGAUCUACGUUACUAUCUCAAAUACCAGUCACAAAUAAUAUAGACAUAACAAGCAUUAAACAGAUAGCAGAAAGAAAGAAAUUUACUGUGAAAAAUGUACAAGCUGAUGGAAACUGUUUGUUUCAUGCAGUGGCUUAUCAACUCUGUUUUAUGUUGAUCAGCAAACAUAUUUUGGAAAAAUCGAAGGAGCUGAGACAAAAAAUAGUAGACUUUUUGAAAAACAAUGAUAAGACCCCCAAUGGAGAAAGCUAUUCUUCAUUUUUGUCAUGUAACGAAAACAAAAGACUUGAAGAAUGGACAAAGUAUUUAGAAGGAAUGUGUAAGUUAGGAGAAUACGGGGAUGAAAUCAUUGUAAGAGCUAUCAGCCAUUGUUUUAAUGUUAACAUUUGGGUUCUUUCAACUCGCACACCCAAUGACUUUAUCAAAUACCCUGCUGCAAGCUCAACUGAGACAGUAUAUCUGGGAUUUAUUCAUGACAGUUUACACUAUGUUAGAUUAUUAUCUCAAGAAGAACAAUGA